AUGUCCAUGAUACAAGUUUCACUAGACACGAGGCACUGUUCGCCGACCGCGUUUAGCAUCCCCGGGUUGAUCGGACAUGUCCUGCAAUUGGACGGUGGAGAAAAUAACCCCGAUGAUGACAAGAAGCCACCGUCCCAGCCACCCAAGCGGGUGAAGAGGGAGCAAAGAGCCGCCCAAGGCCACUUCCAUCGCCCCCGAUGCGAAGCAGGUAUACCCCAGUCCGUUAAUAAUAUUCCGAAUGACCGGGUUCCUGUCCGCGCCACCCCAGUUAUUGUACCACACCCCUAA